GUCGUCAUCUUUAAGCUCACACAGUGUGGCUGACAGCACUAAGCCACACGUUCAUAAGAGAAGUUGAUGCUGUCGGGACAAUCGUUCUGCGCAUAUUUGAUCACAUAAGAUGUCUUCACUCCUCAAGGUGGACAAUGAAAUUAAAACCAAGGUUGAUGCUUUCAGGGAACGUAUCACUGCAGAAGCAGAGGAUCUAGUCGCAAAUUUUUUCCCAAAGAAGUUACUGGAGCUUGAUCACUUUCUUAAGGAUCCCAGUAUAAACAUCACGGAGCUGAAGGAGAUCCACUCGGAGAUCAAUCUGACGGUGCCGGACCCCAUCCUGCUCUCUAACCUCCACGACGGACUAGAAGCGCAAAAUGCCAAAAAGAGGAAGCUGGAGGAUGGAAGUGGGGAGGACAUGGUGACUGGCACCAAGGUGUUUGUGAUGCCCGGCGGGAUGAUGAAGAGCAACGGGAACCUCGUCGAUCUCAUCGAAAAGGUCAAACCGGAGAUCAGGACGCUCAUAGAGAAAUGCAACACAGUUAAAAUGUGGGUUCAGUUGCUCAUCCCCAGGAUAGAAGAUGGAAACAACUUUGGUGUGUCCAUCCAGGAGGAGACGGUAGCUGAGCUCAGAACGGUGGAGGGAGAGGCGGCUUCUUACCUCGACCAGAUAUCCAGAUACUACAUCACACGAGCAAAGCUGGUUUCGAAAAUAGCUAAAUAUCCACAUGUGGAGGACUAUCGACGUACAGUAACAGAGAUCGAUGAGAAGGAGUACAUCAGCCUGAAGAUCAUAGUUUCUGAGCUCAGAAAUCAAUACGUAACGUUACACGACAUGAUCCUGAAGAACAUCGAGAAGAUCAAGAGGCCUCGGAGCAGCAACACCGACGCCUUGUACUGAUCCAGACCCAGCAGAUCCGCCUCCCCCAUGGCAGGACUCUCCCAGACACUCACCUCCUCCGAUACAAUCAGCCGCCCAGAGCAUAGCUUCCAUAGACGGACACAUCCUUUUCUCUAUUUUUUUUUUGUUUGUUUUAAAUGUAAAAUAUAUUUUUCUUGUUUUAAAAACCCUUCGAGGAUAUUCUCUGGUACGAACCCGGGGAGAUAGAUCAUAGACAGAAAAAAAAGAAGCGUUAUGUAUUUUUUAAUUUUAAUUAAACAUCUUGUCCUCAGAUCUUCUCGUGGAAUCGCUUCAUUUGUAGAGCUGAAAGUCUGUCGGAUGUGUUUUGUUUUUCCGUCUGUUAUCCGAAUGUUAAAGCGUAAAUAUCUAAAGACUGAGCAGGUUUUAGGUCCACGGCUUCAUGGUUUUCAGUGAAAAUGCAUCAAGUCUCCAAAGCAUCUCUAAUGUCGGGGCAUUGACUAUUGAAUAAAAGAUUUUUUUGAUAAGA